AUGACAUCUCGUCGCAAAGAACCCAGCCCAAUUGAGGUUGACUCAGGCUCCGAUGUAGAGUCGAAACUCGACUUCCAGUAUAAACCAAGCGCGAGUAUACCGCAGGCUAUGGAGAGCAUCGAAAAGUGGAAAUCGAAGCGAUCUGAUAUUCGGAAAAGCAUCGAUAAGGAUUACACUAACAAACUGGCUGCUCUGAAGAGCAAGAUCACAGCACACUACCAAGAUGAGGCCCAGAAGACAUCCGAUCACAACAAGGAACAACUUGAACGAUUAUUGGCAGCAGUCGAGAAAUGCAUUGCGUGCGAAGAGAAGAUCAGUAACCGGGUCGACUCGCUCCGAGAUGACUGUGCUCACAUAGCGAUGCUUAUAGAUGCAAUCUACAGCGGCCGUAAGGAAGCUGCCACAGAAUCGGCCAAAGCGUAUAAGUCUGGUCAAUCCAAAAAGUAG